UGACACGCAGGGGCUUCAAUCAUGAGCAACCCAUUUGCAUGGAUUGCGGAGCCGCUAGACCCCACCCAGCCUGCAAAGAAGUUCUUCAAUCUGAACAAAUUGGGAGAUGUGAGAUAUGAACGUUUGCCGUUUUCUAUCAGGGUCCUCCUGGAGGCAGCCAUCCGCAACUGUGACGAGUUCCUAGUGAAGAAGGAAGAUGUUGAGAAUAUCCUCAGCUGGAAAGUGGUGCAGCACAAGAAUGUCGAAGUGCCAUUUAAUCCUGCCCGAGUUAUUUUGCAGGAUUUAACUGGCGUACCAGCAGUGGUUGACUUUGCCGCAAUGCGUGAUGCUGUGAAAAAACUGGGUGGAGAUCCUGAAAAAAUUAAUCCCAUAUGCCCGGCUGAUCUAGUGAUUGAUCAUUCCAUCCAGGUGGAUUUUAACAGGAGAUCAGACAGUUUGCAGAAGAAUCAGGAGCUGGAGUUUGAAAGGAACAAAGAAAGAUUUGAAUUCUUAAAGUGGGGUUCCCAAGCUUUCCACAACAUGAGAAUUAUUCCUCCCGGAUCAGGAAUUGUGCACCAAGUGAAUUUAGAAUACUUGGCGAGAGUGGUGUUUGAUCAGAAUGGGUACUAUUAUCCCGACAGCCUGGUAGGCACCGAUUCACACACUACAAUGAUUGAUGGUCUGGGAGUACUAGGCUGGGGGGUUGGUGGCAUUGAAGCAGAAGCCGUGAUGCUGGGCCAGCCAAUCAGCAUGGUACUUCCUGAAGUGAUUGGCUACAAGAUGGUGGGAAACCCUCAACCCUUGGUAACGUCCACAGACAUCGUGCUUACCGUUACCAAGCACCUGCGCCAAGUCGGGGUUGUGGGUAAGUUUGUGGAGUUCUUUGGGCCUGGCGUAGCCCAGCUGUCCAUUGCUGAUCGAGCCACCAUUGCCAAUAUGUGCCCAGAAUAUGGAGCAACUGCAGCCUUCUUCCCAGUUGAUGAAGUCAGCAUCAGGUACCUGAUUCAAACGGGCCGCGAUGAAGAAAAAAUUAAGCACAUAAAGGACUAUCUUGUGGCUGUGGGGAUGUUUCGAGAUUUCAGUAACUCCUCCCAGGAUCCAGAUUUUACCCAGAUUGUGGAGCUGGAUCUGCACACCGUCGUGCCUUGCUGCAGUGGGCCCAAAAGACCUCAGGACAAAGUAGGUGUGUCAGAGAUGAAGGAGGACUUUGAGACCUGCCUGGGAGCCAAGCAAGGGUUCAAAGGGUUCCAGAUCGCCCCAGACCGUCACAGUGACCGUGUGAAGUUUGUUCACAAUGGCGGGAACUUUGAGCUCACCCACGGUUCGGUAGUGAUUGCUGCCAUUACUAGCUGCACGAAUACCAGCAACCCCUCUGUUAUGUUAGGAGCUGGGUUGCUUGCGAAGAAAGCUGUUGACGCUGGCCUGACUGUGAAGCCAUACAUUAAAACCAGCUUGUCCCCAGGCAGCGGAGUGGUCACUUACUACCUGAGGGAGAGUGGAGUCAUGCCAUACCUUGCUCAGCUAGGGUUUGAUGUGGUGGGUUAUGGGUGCAUGACCUGCAUUGGGAACAGCGGACCUCUUCCAGAUCCUGUAGUAGAAGCCAUCACUCAGGGAGACCUCAUUGCCGUGGGCGUGUUGUCCGGAAACAGGAAUUUUGAGGGUCGCAUCCAUCCCAAUACUCGUGCCAACUACCUGGCCUCCCCGCCACUGGUAAUAGCCUAUGCUAUUGCAGGGACUGUAAGGAUUGACUUUGAGAAAGAACCUUUAGGAGUAAAUGCAGAAGGAAAGAAAAUUUUCCUAAAAGACAUCUGGCCAACAAGAGACGAGAUCCAGGCAGUUGAGCAUCAAUACGUCAUUCCAGGGAUGUUUAAAGAAGUCUACCAGAAAAUAGAGACAGUAAAUAAAUCCUGGAAUGCUUUAGCUGCUCCAUCGGAUAAACUGUAUACUUGGGAUCUUAAAUCUACAUACAUUAAAUCACCUCCUUUCUUUGAGAACCUGACGUUGGAGCUUCAGCCUCCUAAAUCCAUAGUUGAUGCCUAUGUGCUCUUAAAUUUGGGAGAUUCUGUAACAACUGACCACAUCUCUCCAGCUGGGAAUAUAGCAAGGAAUAGCCCCGCUGCUCGUUAUUUAACCAGCAGAGGCUUGACUCCCAGGGAGUUCAACUCUUACGGCUCCCGCAGAGGUAACGAUGCUGUCAUGGUCAGAGGGACAUUUGCAAACAUUCGCUUGUUAAACAAAUUCAUCAAUAAGCAGGCACCCCAGACCAUCCACUUCCCAUCUGGAGAAACACUGGACGUGUUUGAUGCUGCUGAGAGGUACAAGCAGGAAGGCCACCCCCUGAUUGUGCUGACGGGUAAGGAGUAUGGCUCUGGAAGCUCCCGGGACUGGGCAGCGAAGGGCCCUUUUCUACUGGGAAUCAAAGCUGUCCUGGCCGAGAGCUAUGAACGCAUCCACCGCAGUAACCUGGUAGGAAUGGGAGUGAUUCCCCUGCAGUACUUGCCUGGAGAGGAUGCUGAGCAUCUAGGUCUCACAGGACGGGAACGUUACACAAUUGUCAUUCCUGAAGAACUUGCACCAGGGAUGAAUGUCCAGAUCAAGCUGGAUACUGGCAAAACUUUCCAAGCCACCAUGAGAUUUGACACUGAUGUGGAGCUCACGUACUUCCGCAAUGGGGGCAUCCUGAACUACAUGAUCCGUAAAAUGGCAUCCUAAUUAAAGCAACAGCAAGCAAAUGCCCAGUUAGAAACCUGCCUCUGAUGGCCACAAGAGAACAUUGAAUACUUGUGGAACUUAAAAGUCUAAACCACAAAAUCAGUUGUCUCCUUGUGGACUGUAUAACCCGGGGGGGGGGCUUGUUUACACAGGUAGAACGCUUUCAGUUUUAUGACACAAUCAUUAAUUAUUCCCAAUUAAGUACUUUUUUUGGUAUGGUGGCUAGAUUAACUAUUCUAGUAUGGGUUGAUGCAGAAGGAGCUGUACACACUGCCCAAACAAUUUGUAUACAAGGUGUGUUUGACUGACACCUGUCAUCAGCCAGACACAGCACUGUACUCAUUUCAGUUUCCUGAAAACUGGCACGGAUGUUUAACCCCCCCCCCCCUUAUUUCCUCUAUUUAAAUAGGAUUUGAUCAGAAUCCCCUGAGAGGGGCUAAUGCUGAAAUUAGUAAAUUGCUUGGCUCUAACUACACUGUGAAUGCUCUUCCUUUAAGAAUAUCUUCUCUAAGCACUAAAUUUCUGUUGUGACAGUGGACCAUUGAGGGACAAAUUUCUAAGAGAUUAAAUCUAUUUUCAAAAAA